UGUCUCUAUAAAAAACAAACAAUCUCUUUCUUCUCUCGAAAAGUCUAGUCUCCAUUUCCACAUUUGAAAACGAAACCCCAAAAUCCCCAAUUUGACAAUAUCUCCUCCUCACCUCUUUCCCGUUUCUCACUCGCUCAAUUAUUGUCCUUCUUUUUCUUGAUUUCAGACGCCAUCUCCAGGUUCCAUCAUAUUCCCCCAAUUCAAAACCCCAGCAAUACAAACCAGUACUACUACUUCUCCGAUGGAUUAAUCAAAUUCAAAGAUCAAUCAUGAAUCACCAACAAUCAUUAUCAGAUGAUUAUCCGCCAAAUUCAAUCAGUCUCAAAAAGGAAGAAGAAUUAGAUUGGUUAAGUAAAACAGGCGGUCUAUUCGAAAGAAAUCAUUCAACAAAACCAAGCCCUAGCAGAAGCAUAUCUCAUUCAAGAUCAUCAUCUGCAUCUCAGAGAUUCUUCACAAGUUUGAAAUCAAAAGCAUCAGUAAUCGGUUUACCUAAACCACAAACAUCUUGUUUCGUUGUUACUGGUGGUGGUGGUAGAAGGAAUUCUAAGUCUACUGUACCAACGAAAUCCAGAUUGUUUUUUCCGAAACGAUCAAGAUCAAAAUCUUCUAGUUCUGCUCCUCCGUUAAGUGAACCGUCGUCGCCGAAAGUUUCAUGUAUCGGAAGAGUUAGGUCAACUAAAGAGAGUUUCGUCGCCAAGAGUCGGAGUUUCAGGUUUCGGAAUUCGAUUAGGUCUGUUGACGAUGAAUCUAAGAAGAACAGUCCUUCUUCUUCUAGUAAGCCGCACAAAACUGGAUUCUGGUCUAGUGUGAGAUCAGUUUUCCGAAUCGGUAGUGGGAAGAAGAAGAAUCUAUCUGGUCUUGAUUCUAAUUCUAAUUCUAAGAAGAAAAUUUCGAAAUCGGCGUCGGAGAAAGUGGUGAGUGGUGAAUUGAAGAAUAAAGGUCCGGCGGUGAGUGAGCCGCCGAGUUUAGGUGGUUUGAAACGGUUUACGUCAGGCAGGAAGUCGGGAUCCUGGGGAGGAGGAUUGGAUGAUGAAUCGGGUGCGUUUGAAGGACCGGUUGGUGGUGAUCGUGGGUCGGUGUUCAGUCGACGUGGAUCAGGCCAGCCCAUGGAGAUUGAUUGUAGUGCUCGUGAUUGGGUAACCGGAGUUGGGAGUAUUACAUGUGAAAUUUGCUACUUCUUCUGGAUACUCAUUGUACAAACGCUGGGACACAUUGUUUGUUUAUGGGUACUCUAGUCCAUUAUUUUGUACACCAUUGCAGAAGCAGCUUAAGUAGUAUAAAAAAAACAGAGAUGGAAGGGAACCAUGUGCCUCAAGCAUCUUAAGCAUUAAAUGUUGCAAAUUUUUACCAUGCAUGUUUAUAUUUUUUUUAUUUGGGGUUGCUUUGGAUUGUGUAAGCUGUAAAUAUCCGUGAAUGGUAAAAUUGUUGGAUUUAUGAUAUUUUU